GAUGGUCCGUGCAUACGAAAGAACGGCAACUGAGCCGAAAGAUUCAAUUGGGAGCGCUCUUUCCUCUUGAUCGCCAACUGCACUUGCAAGGCGUAUUAAAGCUAACUGGCAGGACACAUGCCGAGUCCCCCCCUCAUGGUUUCCCCCGUAUGGCCCAAGUCAGCGGAUGGUUUAAUAUCAGGACGCCUGCCACCCGCGAUCGUGAUGCUCCAAGUCUGAGGCCGUGUGCUGGUGCCGUUCGUCUGAGAACAUGACCGACUCCGUCGGAUCCUGGCCCGCCGAGAGCGAACAACAAUUCUGGGAUGCUCUGACCCAGAUCUUAUCCGCGCCCUGUGCGGCCCCCGAGGAACUUGAUGAAGCCUUGCGCUCAUGGCUCGAUCUUGUCUCCACAGCCCGCGACGAGUAUCUCGACAGCGAAGAUGAUGUCGCCCGUUGUUCGCAGAUGCUCCUGGAGAGCGAGCUAUUUUGCAAGAACAGUGAUUACGUGCGAACGCAGCUAAUAUACAGCCUUUUGCAAGAGGACGAAUUCGCGAAGCUUCACGUGUACGCCAACUUCCUUUUGCUCGACGGCAGGACCGAAGAGAGAACCUUUCGGGCCAUGAUUGGCGAGGGAUGUUUCGUUCGAUUACUGGAUCUCAUUAAGGGAUGUGGGGGUCAAGAUGCUCGUCUACAUCGGCUUUUGUUGCAGCUGAUGUAUGAGAUGUCGCGCAUCGAGCACCUGCGCCCAGAGGACCUUCUGCAGGUCGAUGAUGGCUUCGUCAUGUACCUAUUUCAGCUCAUUGAGGCUCUGUCUGAUGACGCCACCGACCCAUACCAUUAUCCAGUGAUACGAGUUCUGCUAGUUCUCAACGAGCAGUACAUGGUAGCCUCUACUUCUACGGCGACAGGCGCCGAUGGUCCCGCUGUUCCGAUGACGAAUCGAGUGGUUAAGAUCCUCAGCGUGCAUGGACCGUCAUUUCGGACCUUUGGUGAGAACAUCAUAUUGCUUCUGAAUCGAGAGACGGAGACCUCGCAGCAGUUGCUCAUUCUAAAGCUCCUGUACUUGCUUUUCACUACAGCGGCAACGUAUGAGUACUUCUACACCAACGACCUCCGAGUUCUACUCGACGUCAUCAUUCGCAACCUGUUGGACCUGCCCUCCGAGGCGAAUAUGUUGAGGCACACGUACCUGAGGGUUCUGGCUCCUCUACUCGCGCACACCCAGCUCAGCCAACCACCUCACUACAAGCGGGACCAGAUUCUCAGCUUACUGGAGAUAUUACGUGGCUCGGGCAGCACACACUUCAAGCCACCGGAACCGACGACUUUGCGGCUGGUUGAACGAGUUGCAAAGACGCCUUGGUUGGCUGAGGAUGAGGCGGGCUCGCCAGGUCCGAGUCCCGUCGAGAGUUUGUCGCACACAGAAACUGGCAGUUCCCUGAGCCUCGUCGCAAAUGUGUCCGAGAAGCCGGGGGUCAAAACGCCGAGCAGAAAGUCAGCGAUAGGGGUUGCUGCCGGCACAGAGAGCAGCUCACCCAAGCCUACACCACCGCCGCCGAGAACCUUAAGGGCGCAGAUGUCUCUGCCCCAAGUGCCAAAGCAUCGCCACGGGGCACCUCUUCUUCCUCCGGCCGCGAACUGUGGCCAUAUCAACGGAAACGGGCAAAAGAAACCACCACCUAAGAUUCCGCCACCACGAAGAAAGGCAAGGCUUUUGGCUCCGACCGAAUCACUGCCGGCGACAGAAUCGACGACACCUGUGUCUUGAUGACGAGGUUGGAAUAAUCAAUGAUGAUCCGGCAUUCCCAUUAGUAUCGAAAAAUUUGCGUGAAGCCGGCCAUUGGAUGGGAUGGACCGAGGUCCGCGUCUUGUUUAUUGUCAGUGUAUAUGGCUGGGGUCUACUGGGACCCUUUGUGGCGGGUUGAAUUGGGAUGCGCCUUUCGCGGAUCUUAUGACAGAGAGAGCAUUGGACUGCUUCCGAAUCCUCGGGGAAUGCACGCUGCAUGGGGAGGGUAUUACAUAGCAAGGCGUUUCUGUGCGAUUACCAACUGUAAUGGAGAAGGCUCCUUUGUACCUUAGGUACCUUUUACUUUUAUAGUAACUGCUGAGUAAACUGUCAUGGUAUCUUUUGAGGGGAUUUUCUUGUCUGCCUUUGAUUGUCCUAGCAUCACUUAU